CGGUAUAAGCUGCUCAUCUUUAACAAAAACAUUAUAUCGGCGAAACAAAACAAAGUUGAGAAGAUGAAAGUUGAAAAAUUAAGGCGGAAUUUCUGGAUUUCCGCAGAAAUCGAAUGUAUGUUAAAUUUGUUGCGUGAAGUGUACAACGUGCAAGGAACCACUGCAACGACAAAUUACACUUUUAUCCUAAUUGCUAAUAAGAUGAGAAAACGAGGAUUCCCCAACAAAUCGGCUGCACAGAUACGUCGGAAAUGGUUCCAAAUGAAGUCGGCUUAUUUGUGUUACAAGCGUGGUAAUACCGAGAGAUUGCUUUUAAUACCUGAAAAAUUCCGACCAACAAUAGCAGAAUUCGUGGACAAAGAAGUUAAGAUACAUACCUAUUCAGAGUUACCAGCGUCUCCAACAUCACCACCAGCGCCUCCGCCACCAGUUGUCGCGGCACCGGCCCCACCACCAGCACCAGCGCCAGUGCCAGUGCAAACACCUCCAGCUACCAUUACCAGCAACGCAAAUUAUAAGAUGAGAGAUACUUCCAAUGUUGCAAAACCAUCACUGAGUUUCGGCAAAAAUCUUUACAGGGAUAGUAGAUUUGAUGAUUUUCUCUCUCGUGUAAAGCAAACACACAAAAUCAUAAAUAAUGAUUUUGCUAAUAUGCAGAAAAUUCUAAUGGAUUUCGAACAUGAAUGCCAGUCCGAGAGAGACGCUAAAUUAAUACAAUUUAUUAAAAAUACUAAAUAUAAUUUCUAAAAGAAAAACAAAGGAAUAAACAAAUAUAAGACUAGUUAUUAAAAUCAAAAAGUGAA